CAGACGAGAAGACAGACACAGAGGACGAAACAAGCACACACACAAACACACACCAGUUCAUCUUCAUCUCCAUCGUCAUCACGUCUGCUCACCUGCACAGAGUGUGAUGACGUUGUUAAAAAGAAACAGCGUCCAUUACCGGGACGAAGAGGGCGAGCGUCCUGCACGAGGACAGUUGAAUCACCAUGACGACAGAGCCAGGUGAGCCACAGGAGGCUAAGGAGGCGGAGUCUUUCCCUGAAGCUGCCGCCCACUCCACUCCUAAACAGAGCGGGGAGGGGCCGACCCAGAUCCAAGCUCACGGGUCAUUGGCAGAGGACUCGACAAAUCACCUAUCGGCUCGUUCUCCGGCCAGAAACACGCUGAGCUUCAGGACGAUGCAGGCGAGAGUUUCACUGCUGGACGGGUCGUUGUUCACCUGCACUGUGGAGAAACGAUCUCGUGGUUUUCAUCUGUUUGAGAAAGUUUGUGAACACGUGAAUCUGCUGGAGAGAGAUUAUUUCUGUCUGUCGUUCAGAGACGUCGACAACAACAAGAACUGGUUGGAUCCAGCAAAGGAAAUGAAGAAGCAGGUCAGAGGUGUCCCCUGGAACUUCUCCUUUAAUGUGAAGUUUUAUCCCCCUGACCCCGCCCAGUUGUCUGAAGACAUCACCAGGUACUUCCUGUGUCUCCAGCUCCAACAGGACAUCGUCUCUGGUCGACUUCCUUGUUCCUUUGCGACGCACACCGUCCUCGGCUCCUACACCGUCCAAUCAGAGCUUGGAGACUACGACCCAGACGACUGCUCUUCAGACAUCAGUGAACUUUGUUUUGCUCCAAAUCAAACCAGAGAAAUGGAAGAAAAGAUCACCGAGCUGCACAAAACCUACAGAGGAAUGACACCAGCUGAAGCAGAAAUGCACUUCCUGGAAAACGUAAAGAAACUUUCUAUGUACGGAGUCGACCUUCAUCACGCAAAGGAUUCAGAGGGCGUGGCCAUAAUGCUGGGUGUGUGCAGUAGUGGUCUGCUGGUCUACAGGGACAGACUGAGGAUUAACAGAUUCUCGUGGCCAAAGAUUUUGAAGAUUUCGUACAAAAGAAACAACUUCUACAUCAAGAUCCGACCUGGAGAGUUUGACCAGUUCGAGUCUACGAUUGGUUUCAAGCUGCUGAACCACAGAGCAGCAAAGAGACUGUGGAAGGUUUGUGUGGAGCAUCACUGCUUCUUCAGGCUGGUGUCUCCAGAGGAAACACCUAAAAAGUUUCUGUCUCUGGGCUCAAAGUUCCGGUACAGUGGUCGAACUCAGAUCCAGACUCGCAGAGCCAGCGCUCAAAUCUCCAGACCGGCACCAAACUUCCCACGAUGUGUCAGUAAGAGGAACCUGCUGAGCCGCAGCCUGGACGGAGGCCCAAGGACCACGCCCACGUCUUCUCUGAUUGGCUCUCCAGCCAUCACAGCUACCCCCAAAGCCAAUGGCGGUACACGCACAGAUAUGGGCUCAGGACUGUAUGCAGCGUCUACAACCAUCACUACAAGUCAUCUCAUCACCAUAGUAACACCUGAGAGGACGGCAGAGGAGAGGAGGGUGCAGCAAGAUGAGGAGGUAGUGACGGAGAAGCAGGAAGUGAUGGAGGAGGAGGUAGUGAUGGAGAAGCAGGAAGUGAUGGAGGAGGAGGAAGUGAUGGAGAAGCAGGAAUUGAUGGAGGAGCAGGAGGACGAGGAGGAGACAAGAGGGACAGAGACGUCUCCUCCAACUCCUCACAGACAGUCGGAGACAGACACAGCUGUGGACGGAGACCUGACUGCUAAUGAGGAUACCUUGGGGAGUCCUGAGGAGGUGCAGGAACCCCAGAACACAAUCAGCGCUCUCAGACGCUCCUUCCUAGAGGGAGGAGGACGAGGGGAGGGGGUGACGGAGUGGGAGAGACGUCUGGCCGCCUCCCCCCUACGACAGGUCGACGACUCCCCGAUGAUCGAACCCUUGGAGCCAGACGAGACCUCAGAGGAGGUGGAGAGGCUCUUCCUGAUGACAGAAUCACAUGACCAGGACCAGCCAUUGGCCGACCAGGCUCAGGUAGCAAUAGGAAGUGUUGUUGGCCCGCCCCCAAGUCACCCUCCGCCCCCUCCCCCAGGGGCUGGCAUGAUGCAUGCUGAUGAAGUCAUAGAGGGAUGGGCCAGUGAUGAUGAUGAUAACAAAGCUAAUGCUUACCAGGUUGAUAGUCCAGUAGAUGAGCAUGAUGAUGGUGAUGUCAGUAGCGAGGUCAGCGAUGAAGAUAUUAGUGAGGCUAGUGAAGAUGCUAUCAGUGUGUUGGCGCAGGCAGCAGUAGAGGAGGCCAUGGAGGCCGCUGUCACACAGGCUCAGAGCCCAGGGGCUAAUGAUGCUGACCACGAUAGCAUUAAUGCUAACUUCACAGUUAAGUGUGGUGAGCAGGAGCUAACUAGUACCGACACCAACAACUGGGCUGAUGUGGGCUCUCGACCUGCUGGAGGAUUGUCUCAGUGUUACCAUAACAACGAGGGCUCAGACGACUCGCAGGAGGACAAAGACGUGUGGAGGUCCAGCAAAACCCUCCCCCCCUCGUCUUUACCCCGCCUGACCUCAUGGUGCAAUCAGAAGCAGCCAUCCAACCCCAGCGACGACGAUGACGAUGAAGAAUCUAAACCUUUGCAGGAGAGCCGAGUGGACACUGAUCCUCCUGCAGGUCAACUUCUGAGCUCGCAGACCUUCACCACAGAAACGUCCAACACCACCACCACCACACACAUCACCAAGACGCUAAAAGGAGGAAUUUCAGAAACAAGAAUCGAGAAAAGAAUCGUAAUAUCUGGAGACACAGACAUCGACCACGACCAGGCUCUGGCGGUGGCACUAAGUGAGGCGCGGCGGCAGCAUCCUGAGCUGUCGGUCACACGAGUCGUCGUCCAUAAAGAAACUGAAGUGUCUCCUGAUCAUGUGACUGAUUAAUGACAUCAAAGGUAACA